CAGACAGUAGUACAGCAACGGCAGCAUCUUCUCUGUUACCGGAGGACGACUUCUCUCAGACCCUGAGGUUUACUGCUGUUGUGCAGAGUCCCGUAAACUGAGCCUGCACCUUACUGAAAUUGUUUGGUUUUUUUUGAGGUGCGAGAGCCUUUUCGUUUUUAAAAACAACAUAGUCUUCGGGUUGUAAAGUCGCUUGUGUCAAAACCCCUUUCACAAAGACGCACAAAAGACGCACUCCCAAGUCCACCUGGAUAGCUGACAAAGCCGUCCGGUCCGGUUCGAGGUCCAGUGGGGAGAGACGGUGAGGAGAAGUUAUCCCGGAAGGCAAGAGCAAGAAACAGAGAAGACAGGAUGAAUCUCAAGAGUCAUUUGAUUUUCACCCUCUACACUAUUUAUGGGAUUCUUCUGAAAGAGUCAACACCAUUCUUCCUCCAAUAUACCAGAGCGAGUGGGGAGAUGUGAGGAAUAGAAAAAGAGAAGGUGAAAGAAGCGAGACAGAGACGGAGUGGGAGGAAUGAGAAGGAAGGACUAAUUUCCAUAAUGAAAAGUGGUGGCUUCAAAAGGCAAAGCUCGAGGAAUCAGCGGUCAGCACCCUCUGGUUCAGAAUGUGACGGUGACUGAGGGUGGGACGGCAAACAUGACCUGCCGUGUGGAGUAUAAUGACAACACCUCCCUCCAGUGGUCAAACCCAGCACAGCAGACCCUCUUUUUUGGGGACAAGAAAGCUUUAAGGGACAACAGGAUUGAGCUGAUGCAUGCAUCGUGGUCAGAGUUGACCAUCAGCAUCACUGAUGUCACACUGACGGAUGAAGGCAUGUACACCUGUUCUCUCUUCACUAUGCCUGUGAGAACAGCCAAAGCCUACCUGACUGUUCUAGGUGUGCCGGAGAAGCCAGAGAUCGAUGGCCUGACGAAGCCUGCCAUGGAGGGAGACCACAUCACUCUGACCUGCAUGACUCAGGGCAGCAAGCCCGCCGCCGACCUGCGCUGGUUCAGGAAUGAAAAGGAGGUCAAAGGUGCCAAAGAGGUGAAUGCAAGUGGGAAGACAUUUACAGUACGGAGUUCUCUGCAGCUGCACGUGGACAGAAAUGAUGAUGGAGUGGCCUACACCUGCAAAGUGGACCAUGUGGCACUCUCACAGACACCACAGCAGGCUACUGAAGUACUGGAGGUCCAUUAUGCUCCUCGUGUGCAGAUCAUCAACUCUCUUGCUGUCCCUCAGGAGGGUCAGUACUUAAAGCUGGAGUGUGUGUCCAAAGGAAACCCUUCGCCAGAUCCUGUGAUGUGGACAAAGGACGGAGGUGAACUUCCUGACCUGGACAGGAUGAUUGUAGAGGGGAGGGAGCUCACCUUUACUUCACUCAACAAGACAGAUAAUGGCACCUACCGCUGCGAAGCCGGCAACCACCUAGGGACCAGCAGUGCUGAAUAUGUACUCUACGUCUAUGACGUCCCCACAACCCUGCCUCCAUCCACCACUCCCCCCCUACACCCCAUCCCUCCAGAUCCUACCGCUCUAUUAGGCACCCACGCCUCAGACCCCACAGUCACUGGCAGCAGAGAUCCCAACGCGCUGGGGCAGCGCGGCACUGACCAUGCCUUGAUCGGAGGAGUGGUGGCUGUAGUGGUCUUUGUGACCUUGUGUUCAAUCAUUGUUCUGGGAAGAUACCUGGCCAGGCAUAAAGGAACGUACUUGACAAACGAGGCCAAAGGGGCGGACGAUGCGCCCGAUGCCGACACAGCCAUCAUCAACGCUGAGGGCAACCAUGCACACGCAGAAGAAAAGAAAGAAUACUUCAUUUAGACUGCAGAAGGAGCUGUGCAUCUCUCUCCUUCCCUUUUCCCCUCUUUGAAUCUCUGUAUCUCUUUUCCCCUCUCUCUGUCUCCCCCUUUUCUUCUCCACCCCUGACAACUGCCCCCGCCGUGUCAACAAGGAACCUGCAGGCAGUCCACAGACAAGAGAAGUUCCCCAAGUGUUUUUACUAUGAUUGCCUUUUGUCUAUCAUUUACAUCUUGUCCUUUAUUUCUUUUUACUUUUUUUAUUGGCAGCCGGUUUUCACAGGCAGCUUGCCGUCGCUGCCGAAGUUGUCCCCUUUCUCAUAUUUUUCCUCAUCUUUGACAUGAAUGCCUGGAAGUCUGUAUAUCUACCAUGACUGCUUCUUACAUGAGCCCUUCUUCAUCUUCUCUCCUGUUUCCCCUCCAAGCAGACACCCAAACACACACUAUAUCCCCUUUGUUCACACACGUCCACAAACACAUAUCAUAUCUCACAUCAACACGGUGCCUAAAAAUACAGACGCCAUUGAACUUCUGUCAAUGCCUUCAUGUAUCGUCUGUCAGUAGCAAUGUAAAUGCUUUGUAGAUGGGUUAACUGGACCAUCAUUUCAUUGCUUAGCUCACAGCUUUUGAUUAUGCAUUGUGUCUUUUUUUAUUUUAAUGAAGAUCUUUGCUGUUUACGCCUUAUACAUGUCUAUCACACUGAAUAUGGUACUUUUAGAUCCACCUCCCCCGACCCCACCCACCUCUAAAUAGACUUGCAAUUAAACAGUUGACCCUUGUAAGAUAAGAAGAAGGUUUUGUGUAACACUGUAGCAAGGUUUGCCAGAUAAGUGUAUCAUACUGUUUUCAUUAUUAGGGUACUACUAAAGGGUAGUGUUGUAUUGUUUAGAGCAGAGAAUACACACAGAUGCUAGAAGCAUUCCAUCAAAUAAACUCAAUCAAAUGUGUAUAAAACCAUUUGCUAAAUCUGCUGUCCCUAUGUACUUUUGUCUGUAUAUUCCUGCACUGUCCAGGCUGCAGCAAAAACACCAACACCUUCAGCAGUGUCCUCUUGACAGCUUACAGUAGUUUGUGAUUCAUAUAAAGGGUUCAGCUGUACAGAAAGAAUCAAUCUCCUCUCUCUCUCUCUCUCUCUCUCUAAAAGCUGUAUAAAUUGUACUGAAAUGGGUUUAGCUUUUCACUUUGAAUUAUUUGGUUUAUGUAUGUGUCACAUUUGAAUCAUUUUAAGACUUAAGCACCCCAUGAAAUGUAAAAAGGAACCAUUAGGAGUUAAUAUAGUAAGUACACAGUUACAGUAUGAAUAGGACAUUUAGUGUUGAAUACAUUUUCAGUAAUGUCAUUUGUAUUGUUACCUCUUGUAAGCUUGAGGUCCAGGCAGCUUUCAACAGUGGUUUGUUUUUAUUCACAUUUCUAUUCAUUUACUGGCUCAUAGAUAAGCAUCCAACCGUAGUGUUAUUUUAUACAAAGAGUGAUAACAUCAGUUUCACUAAAACACCUUGUUUUGUAUUGCCACCUCCAUUUAACUAUUUAGUUCAACUGUAAAUAUCAGCAACGUAUCGAAAACUCAUACUGCAUAACUGCUCUUCUUGUUUCCAUUUCGUCAGAGUCACUCUCCAUGAACUUCGAUUUCCAUUUCAUGGGGUCUUCAAGCGAAAAAAAGAGGGGAAAAGGAAAUAGUGUGUGAGUGCUGGGUCAUAGAUCUGCAGGGGCCUCCUUUCCAAAAACUAAAAAAACUGAAGACAAACAGAGAAGCACAAAAUGUCUGAAUGAGUGACUUUGUUCCCUUGCCAACAACUAGAUUGCCUUGAGAAUGGUUCUUCUAUUCAAAUGGGUAGUGGAAAGAUGACAAGGCUGUCUUUGAUUCAAUUCUGAAAGGAAAAAAAAUCAGUUCAUCUUUUUGAAAAUGUAAGCUAAAUCAUGUUUUUAUAAAAAGAAAUGUUUUUAAUAUUUUUGGUUUAAAUGGUUCUAAGCUCCCUGCUGUGUAUUGUGUCUGCUAAAAUGUGGUUGAUUGUGAAAAUUGCUGUUAAAUUCUGGAUUCCUUCAAAUUUGUAUAUUAGCCACCUUAUCUAUUUACAUUGGGUUUUUUUUUCUUCAUUGCAUAAUCUUUAUUGGAAAACUUUUAAACAAAUGUAUUUUGUUUUGGCACAAGGCAUGUAUAUAAUGUGUGAAAACUUUGGUAAUGCACAUUAGCAUGUUUUUGUUUUUUUCAUAUUUAAUUUAUUUGAACUGAAGUAAUAUAAGGGAGAACCACAAUGAAAGUAUGUUUGUAAUUAAAUUUUUGAGAAUAGUGACUUCUUGUGAUUGUGGUGCUAAAGAUCGGAAGGAUUCGUUGUUGUGAAAAAUGUGAUUAACAAAAACAGAAACAGCAGAAAAUGUGUCUGUUUUCGCUCAAAUCCUGAAAAUACAAAUUGGAAUUGAAAUGCAUUCAAAGAAAAAUGACCUUCCCGUUGGAGGCAAUGAAAGUUUCAAACCUAACAUAUCCUUGUAAACAACUUCUGUUUCUUUUCAUAUAUCCCUUCGUCUUUCAUCAGAUUGGCCAAAUUUGGCUGAUUUACUCUCCUGUGAAAGAGCGAUAAACACUGUGGCUUCUGGAACUAAAACUUAAAGGCAAGGCACUAAUCUACUAAGAGGGAGCAAAUUAUUACCAAGGGCAAUAAAAUUGUGGGCCCAGCUGUCUCCAAUUCAGUGGCCAAUUUACAACAUUAUGCAAAUAAGGUCAGCAAGUAAGGUCUUUCUCUAUGUGCUAUGACUCAAGCACUGCUGGAGUGAAUCACAAGUUGGGAAUCAUUAAACCUGUCACCACUGAUGUAGGAUUUAGGUUGCAUAUUACGUUUUAAAUAUGUUAAUAAUUUGUUUUAAAAAUGCAAAAGCUUUGCCACAGUUUCCAUAUUUAAACAUUUUAGUGCACUUCAAUCAAUACACCACUAUUUACAGGUUCGACUUCAGCCUCACUCCACGUUCCUUCAGUAGAUAAAGCGUUCUAAACCGGCUCUGGUGUGAAUAGAUACAUUUAUCACAAUGAUGUAAUGUCUUCUUUCUUUUUUUUACUUUUCUAUCUAGUUCUUUUCAUUGUGUCUUAAAUCAAUGACGGUGUCAAUCAAAUUCUCUGUUGCUUUACGCCUGUGUAUCCAUCUUAGAAAUAAGAGAGCAGUCGAUUGGAUUUGUUGAUUCUGAAUUCAGAGAAACAGGCUGUUUUAUAUUAAAGGAACUCGGAAAUAACCAGGUCUGCAGUGAUGAGUUGCUGAAAGUUCCAAAUUAAACAGGUGCCAUUCACUGAAUUAUGCACUCUGACUAAUUUGAUGGAUAUUUCUUAGUAAAUGGUGAAAUGUGUUUUCUUGUUUGUUUUUCUUUCUGAAAACCACAUGUAAAUAUUUGUUAUGACAAGACAGUAAUGAGCUAAUUUGUUGGCUUUUUAUGAUAGUUCGACCGAACCAGAAUCUUUUUUCGUUUGCUAUUAUAACAGCCUGGCACAUACCAUCAUUCACUAUUUUACUAUAAUAGAAUCAACUGUAGCCGUGUUACAUCUUUGGGUUGGUUAUUAGUCGUAUUUCUUUUUAUGUUGUCGGUUGAAACUAAGCUUUAAACUCGUUGCCUCCUUGCUUUCCAACAUAUAUGGGUUCGGUUAAUAUCCGCUUCAUCAUGGGCCUCUAAUUUCAUCCUGGUGACAAGACCGUAAUAACGCUUAUGCACUCGCAGUGCCAUUUUCCAUGGGCACUAGUCCAUUUCAUAGACUCGCCUCUGUUUGGUAAAUCCCUAACUCCAAACAAACCCACUUUCUUUGACUGAAUGUGGGAGUGGUGCAGCUGAGAUGACUUGUUUAUGCAGAUCAGGCAGCGCAAUACUGGCAGUAAAUUCGGCAUGAAAUUGCACACAGUUUUGUGAACAAUUUUCAUGUUGCCGUUUGCACAUAACAGACCUGUACUAAAUCACAAAAAGAUAUUUCAUGUAUGCGUAUCUUUUAAUCAUAUGUGUGUUUUCUACCUAUAUUAGCCAACAGACAGUAAUAAUAGAAACAUAUUAUACAACAAGGCGAUGUUGACUUAAGUACACUGACAUCAUUCAAAUUACAUCACAUCACAAGAAUUCAGUGUAUCCCGAAAAGGGUCAUCAGAACAUCCUGGCACGCAUAUUUGGGGAGCUUUUUAUUUGUCCCUUGCGACUCUGCACCUCCAGCUUGCUUCUCCACCCUUCUCCUGCAUGUCUGCUUCUUUUAAAGAGGGAUGACACAAGCUGAUGUGAUUGGCGAUCACUGAAGCUUGUUCAAACUCCGCCUACUGAAACUGCAUUAUGUAUUCAUUCUGCUACAGCCUUUUCACCACACUGUGCACGGCCCAAGGAGAGCACCUCCGGUCACAAAAUACUGCAGUCAGUUGGGCACACACACACACACACACACACACACACAUAUAUACACACAAAUGUGUUUUUGCCCAAGUUGCCCAAGAAAUUGUCCCCAGUUUCAGGGAGAUUAGAGGCCCAUAUCAACUAAAAAUACCAACUCUGAACCUGUUUAUCAAAAAGGGAUAAACUGUGUUUUGUUUUGUUUUGCUCAUGGUUUUAAUGGUUUAGGUCUCCACAGCAGUGAUGAUAGCAUGACAUGGCCCGGCCCAGUGCUGUCUCUCCUCCUCUGACCCUUCAUGUGUCUUUGCUGUACAGUUUGGCUUCGGUGCACUUCUUUGCCCCUCUGCAAUAUUGACACAGAACCAAUUAGACGAUGACAACAAACAUGUGAUUUUUUUUAAUAUCUCUUCUUUUGUUUUGCAUCUCAGGAAUAUAUUUCAUUUAGAGAGAUUUAUUUUUGUUUGUUUGUUUUCUGUAUUAAAAUGGGGACUUGUGAGCUCUGGCCACUCUGCCCGUCCCUGAAUGCUGACACCAUGUUUUUGUUGAGUUUAAGAUUAUCGCAAUGUUAAUAAAAAUUAUUCAGUGAUUCUUCAGUAAUUGUCAUCUUGCUGUCAUUGGCAUAUUAGACUUAAGAAAAAUUGUUUUAUAUGAUCACUGACUUGAAAAAAUGACAUUUAGAAAUAUGCUGCAAAUAAUCACGAGUUCAAAGAAUGAUAGAAGUUGUGUUUAUACGCAAUGUCAUCUAAUUUUAGCUUUUGCUAUGUAAGCAGUUCAAUGCUUUUGCUCUCUAUCAUAAUGUUUUCCUUGUAGCAACACACGUCUUUAUGUAUAUCAGUCCUUAGAUGGAGGGAGUUGUAACGCACUGUCACUCACAAAAUACAAAAUAUCCACAGUAAAGAUCAGGAUUAGAGUUAGAUACAUGUACCUUGGUGAAAUAAUGGGUUUCAUAUCAAGCUGUACUGAGAGGGCUUGAUUUGAUAUAUAGCACCGUAAUGGAGGUGUUUUUCCACCAAUGUCUGUGGGAUUUAUUAUAUUUUAUUUAGAGGUUCGUUCUCAUGUAUGAAAUGAAAAUUGUUGAAUAAAUAGUUGCCAAAACUUC